GCUACCAUCAACAAACACCAAGUACUUACAUGUACUUGGUGUAUUUAGCGUAACUACUUUUAGGUAUUUGUUUGACAAUAUUUAACAAAAAGGUUUAUUUUUAGAUAAUUUGUUAUAUUCACACAAAUAUUUUUACUUAAAACAGUAUGUCAUAGUGUCUGCGUGCCUAUACUGAUACACGUUUCGACGGGCUUAAGGCUACGAGUACAGUACUUUAUUGAUAGGUUAUUCGGCAUUAAUAUUAACAGUAAUAUACAUCUUAAACUUUCCUCGUUAUUUAUGAACGGAUGUACAUUAUGCUAAAAUAUACUAAUGACAGUUACAUUUUUAUUCUUAUUUUCAUAUUCGUUUGCCUAGCAGCUUAUAUGUAUUUUCAAAGAUGGAGAAGCUUCAAGAACUAACAUUGUUGAAUAUUAUUAGAGUAUAACAUUAUAAGCGUAUAUUUUAAAUGAAGGGUUUUACAAAUGUAAUUAUAAAAAUGUUUUUUCUAAUGUUGUAACUGGUGCAUGUAUGUACAGUGAGGUAGCGAAUUGUUUUACCUUCGGAGUCACCCCCUCCCUUCGCCUGUAUUUGCCGCCUGGUGUGCAACAAUAAAAUCUCAAGUGAAAGUUUACUACAAACUACACGUUCAAUCUGUUUCAUCAGAUGGGAAUUCAGAAAUAGGAGGAAAUAGGUUUAAUAAAAAAAAUUCGAAUUUAGUGCCGUGUAAUACAAUUUCAAACCGCCUUUACAGAUUAGUCAGAAAAGUCGAACGACUUGUAUGAUUUUUAACCGACGUAGCUCGCACCAGUCACGUGGGCGAGCGCAGUAAAGCGCGCAACCAACAGAAGCUGGCGCCCUGGCGGCGGUCUUUGAGGCGGCCAUAUUUUCUCUCGUGGUUCUCGGGUCGUGAAGGUGGUGCGGUGACAAUUUGGGAUGCAACUAUCUAAAUCAGCGUACGCGUGUAAUAACUAACAAGUGACUGGUGUGUUAUCAUGGCCAAGGGAAGCAAAAGCCUCACCGGGAAGCGGGCCCAUGGCUCCAAGCCUUACGACGCGAACAACGUGAGUAGUCUCGCCUUGGAUAAGGCCUUCCGCGGCAGAACCAAACCUGCGAGCCUCCCAACGGUUUUCCGCGUCUUUCCCGAAAUAGAAUCUUCUAAGAGUUACUCCCGUCGAGAAUAUCAUCGAAAUGUACUGUAUAUUUCAAGUCUUUUAACUGAAUGGGUUACCGCGAGACCCUUUCGAUACCACAAUCAUUCUUUUGUAAAAAAAGUGGCAACAAAGGUAACAGAUUUAAUCCCACAAAAAUCCUGGAUAAGCAAGUGGUUUAAUAGUUCUCAAGAUAAUGGAGAUAUCUUGAAUGACAUGGAGAAUCCAGAAGAGUCAGAACUUGAAGAGGAGGAGAUGCAACAGCCGCCACCAUUGAAACGUGCUUGCAUAAGGAUGGAUGUGACCCAUCCACCAGGCACAUUUGCCAUUCGACCUAGAAACAGAAAUUCACUGGACAAAGCCAAUUCUGGAAAAGAAUCAUUUCCUAAUCACAAUGACACAAUGGAGGAUUUUCGUGAACCUUCUGCUGCAGGACCCAGUGGUGUUCGUCGUUUGGUAUCCUCAACACCUGCACUCAACAUGGACAUCAGAACAGCUGCCACGCAGAGAUCAGAGUUGAAUUCACUAGCUUCGUUAGCAAUGCCACAAAAUAAUGGGGCGACUAAUGGCACAGACGAUAACUCGGAAUCGAGUGAAAGCACUAGUGGCUGUAGCUCUCUCAUUCCACAAACUAAUAGACAAGAAGGUCCAUCAAAUACCUCGUAUAAUGCACCCUAUGUAAACAGGAAAAAGUUUAUGGACGAUAAAGUAAAUUUCACAAAUCAUCUACAGUCGCCACGGUCCCUUUUCUUAGAGAGCACCUCCAGAGAUAGCUUGAGUAGUCGUAGACCAAGUUUCAAUGCUUCGAUGAUGAACAGUACGCUGGACCGUGCCUCAUCUCUGUCAUCUCCAUUCUACAAUGGCAAUACCACCUUUGGCGGAGCAAAUGCAGCUGGACUUUAUAGAAGAAAUCGUUCAUUUUUCAACAACUCAAACGAACCUCAAAUAAAAGUUCCAAGAAGAACAAGCGUGCAAGUGAAACCCUCGAAUGCGGCAGGUACUGAUUCAUCAGGCAUGAGUCAAACCGCAAAGAGGAUAUUAGAAGCACUGGAACAUUUUUCCUCGCCGAUACUGGACGCGAAGAAGAUACCACUGAAGAAUACAAACAAUAUUAACACAGUUGCAACGGGGAAAAAGAGACUUCGAGAAGAUGAUAAUCCAGGAACACCUCGAGUGGGCCUACGACACCUGACUAGAGAGCUAACCGUUCCUACUGUACCGGAUUUACUGAAGUUGAGAAGGCGUCGAAAGUUGCAGGAUACUACAGUUGCAGCUAGGGACAUCGUCUCUGCUCGUAAUGGACCACCAGCACAGCCAGCAUCUCAAGAGUACCAGUUACGGUCUGAAAACGAUGAAAAGUCAAAGUUUCAUAGUAAGGUUAAAUCUAAAUCGAAAACGAGUCUGGAGAAGGAGGAAACGGUGGCAGCAGUCAAUCUGCCAAGUAUAGCUCUGCCAAUUUCCUCACUUCCGAAUUUCGAUAUUACACUACCUCAGUAUCCGAGCGCAGCCAAGAAGAAUGCCGUUAAAGAGGAAACUUUUAAGUUUGCCAGUCCUAUAAAGCUUACGGAAACUUCAAACAAUCUUAAGUCCAUCAGUAACUUUACGUUCAGUAAACCACUCAAUGCGGACGAGAAGGAAAUGCUGAACGACUCAUCGAAUUCCCCUUCUAAGAACGUCAGUCUUGAGUCAAAUGCAUCCACUGUUAGUUGUACAUCGAGUGGAACGAUGUCAAAUUUCAUGUGGACCGGUUCAUCUACUGCGCCUAGGCCAAAAGAAAAAUCGAAGAACAAAGUGAUAAACUCUUUCGAGACCAAAGUCGCCAACGAAUUGAAAGCAGGAAGUGUCAUGGAUAUUCUUGGCAAAAAGACUGAGAUGGAAACUGACUCGAAAUCUAGUCCUGGAAGAUCUCAUCUAGAGAAACAAACAGGAUCCUUGGAACCGAGCACAGAUUUUUCAAAAUCAAAGUCACACUCUUUGAAUUCUGAAAAGUCGAACCUCGAAGUCCAUAAAAUUUCUCAGAAGCCCACAGUUAAGCCUAACAAUAAUGAUUUUGGUUUGCAAUUUAAAAUGUCCAAUAACUUGUGGGAAUGUGAUGCUUGUCUAGUUAGAAACAAACAAACAGACGUUAAGUGUGUUUCUUGUAACACUCCAAAACCAGGGGAAAAUAUUGAAAGAGUGGAUUCAACAACAAAGCCCAACACGAUUCCAUCAAGUAAAUCGGAUCUGAUGGAGAAAUUUAAGCCUGCUGAAGGUUCCUGGGAGUGUCCUGGUUGUAUGUUAAGGAAUACUGGUAAAGUCACGACUUGUCCUUGCUGCAACACAGGAAAGCCCGGUUCCUUGGGUGCGAGUCCUAAGGGAACAAACUUUACUGCCUCAAACUUCAUGAACAAUCAGACCUCUUUUAAAACUUUACCCUCUGGUCUGAAUGUCCCUCCAUCGAAUACUUCUAAUGCAAUGGACAAAUGUAAACCUGCAAAAGGUACUUGGGAGUGUCCAUCUUGUAUGGUAAGGAACAAUGACGCCGAUACAUCCUGUCCCUGCUGCAACACUUCGAAGCCUGUUGCUGCUAAAAAUGGAACUAAGAAAUCGGAGAAGUCGACAUCCUCCGGAUUUGGCGACAACUUCAAGAAACCUGAAGGUUCGUGGACUUGCGACGCCUGCAUGGUUCCAAACAAGGGAGAUAUUACAGAAUGCGUUUGUUGUGGAACUGUGAAACCUGGAGCAUCCAAACCUGAUAAAGUGAGCACGACAUCGAGCACCGGCUCGACUAUUCAAUUCAACUUCGGAAUACCUGCCAAUGUCGGAAGCUUCAAAUUUGGUAUUGACAAGGCCGAGGAUGUACCCAAACCUGAAAAUUCUACAUCUACUGAAACAUUCGUUUUCUGCUCUAAGCCACAAACUACUGAAAGUGGUCAGUUUUCAUUUGGCAUACCCAAAGAUGCAGAGCAAGCUACACCAGAGACAUCAAAACCAGCAGCCACAUCUUUCUGGGCCCCGAAGACUACUGAAGUUACAACCGGCUUUCAGUUCAAUGUUACAAAACAACCAGCUAAGCCCCAGCCUGAUCCAGUAAAAGAGGAGAACAAAGUAACACCAUUGUUCACAUUCGGGGUACCGAAAACGGAGGGAGCCGCAGUUCCUGCACAAACACCGUUUACAUUCGGUACACCAAGUGUCACGGCUAGCACAGUUUCACAAUUUACUUUUGGAACUACCAAGACGGACAUAACUAAAACUGAAGCUGCCCAGGAAGUACCAAAAGUUACUUUUGGUACCCCUGCAGCAGAGACUCCCAAAACUAGUGCACCGAGUUCGGAAUCAGCACCAAGCUCCAUAGCGAGUGGUAACGCGUCUCUUCCUACAGCAUCAGCAGCUCUGAACAAAGUAACAGAAACUAAGGCAGUUCCUGUAUUUUCAUUCGGUGCACCAAGCACGUUAGCUGCAGCAAUUAAUGUCCCAACGAACGUGACCACAACAGCUGCAAGUCUUCCAAGUCUAGGCCAAAGUCCGUUUACGUUUGACGACAAGAAAGUAACGUCGUUGCCGCAGGCUACCUCAAUUCCAAGUUUCGGGCAGACUUCAGUAACGGCACCAGUACCAGCAUCGUCUUCCACAUUUGUCUUUGGCGGAAAUAAGGCUUCCGAGGAAAGUGGAGCACCAUCAAAAAAGGAAGCUGCUAUAUCCUUCGGAAACGCCACCACAACUCCAGCUUUCAAUGUACCCAGUAACAAUUCUCUUUUCGGUGCUAACGAAGCCAAACCUAUAGUUCUUGCUCCAGCUUUCGGAGCACCAGAGAGCAAACCUUCUUUGUUCGGUAUGUUAGAUAACAAGGUACCUGCUUUUGGUAACGUGGAAGCAAAGACACCGCUGUUUGGAGCCACUGAAAACAAAGUUCCAACAUUUGGAAGCAGUGAUAAAGCUGCACCAGUUUUCAGUGCACCAGCACCAACAUUUGGUGCACCUUCUGCCAAUGUAACGCCAUUCGGAUCGACGGUAACUCCUGUCUUUGGAAGUCCAGCAGCAACACCAAGCUUCGGUACGGGAACACCGUCGAACAUCUUCUCGACUUCGAAACCAAGUGAAAAUAAUGCAAGUGCACCGGCACCUUCAAAUUCAAGCUUAUUCACCUUUGGUUCGACCGCUAGCCCGGCACCUUCUCCCGGAGGUUUCAAUUUCUCAGCGAGUAAUCCUGCUGCACCUGCACAGAAGUCACUGUUCACCUUCGGUAGCACAUCGACCACUGACCAACCAGCCAAGGCCUUUGGCAGCAACACAUUCAGUUCACCAGCUCUAAUAAAUUCAGCACCCUCGAGUUUUGCAUUCAACGCUCCAAAACCAGAAACUCCUGCCUUUGGACAACCAGUAAAUCCUACGCCAAAUUUAUUCGGUGGCCCACAGUCAACACCUGGUCUAGGACAGAAUCAAUCAGCUCCAUCAUUCAUAUCUCCAAACCCCACACCUAAUACAGGGUUCAAUUUCGGAGCAGCAGCACCUACUCCGUCAACAGGUGGAUUUAAUUUCGGAUCUGCGGCAUCAGCUGCUCCACCAUCCGGCGGUUUCAACUUCAACGCUCCUGGCGCAGCGCCAGUCGUUUCUUUCGACCCAAAUACUCCUCCUUCAUUUAAAUUUACCGGAGGUAGCGCACCACCAACCUUCAAUGCACAACCCACCCGAAGAAUCAAAAAAGCAGUACGAAGAAUGCCCCGGUAGACGUCGUCGCGAGUUUCCUGUUAACUGAGGAGUGAGUGCGUGAUCUGUGUGUGGUUCUGCGCACGCGCGCACGUACGUACGUGUAACAACGUAAUACACAAGCGAACAUGCGUGCAUGCACGUGGGUGUUGCGCAACACCUUUACGUUAGCCCAUGCCGCGCGACUAAAAAAAUAAAUGGCGUUGUAUAAUAAACACCGCUAAAAUUUUCAACGGUUUACAAGAAAUCGAAUCGAUGGCCGAUCGCGUCGAGGAUAGGUGGUUGCAUACCCAAGCAUCUGUGUGUAAUAUAAUGAGUAAUGUGCCGACGACGGAAUGUGCUUGUGUAUGACCACUUGUGUUCUACAGCCGAGAACUGUAAAUUAUAAAUUAUUUAAAUUAUAUGCGAAUAUAACGGGCGACGUUUACGAUAUUGGCCGUCAGAUGGCCAGUCAUUCAUUUUAUUCGACGGGACGUAACGUCGUGACGAUAUUAAAAAAAAGAGAUACGCGUUCAACAUACUACCGUACAAUUACUCAUUGAACGUUAAUCUGUAGGAACGAUGCAUUCGCACGUAUGACUUAGCAAAAUCAUUUUCUUCUUUUUUCUCUUCCUUUUUGCUGAAAACUAUUAAGACGAGAAUGGCCUCUCGUGAAUGAUACUAAUGAUGCAAGAUUAACGAAGAAUUACGAAAUUUUGGGAUAACGCGGACGCGAGACAUGGCCGAGCGCUGAAAAAUUGCGUGCAAUUGGGAUAACUAGCGGGAGUGUGGCAACCCUGCGAAGGUAAGUAUAAGUCAUUCGCAUAGCUCGCAACUUAUUGGAUUUUUCGCAAAUCACGAUUAUUCACUGAUAAUCGUCGUGUCCCAACUAUUCGUUUAUAGACUUUUGGCUAACUCGUGUCUAACGAUAAGUUUGUUCGACACCGUUCGGACAGAUCGGAUCGAUCGGGAAUUAGGCUGCCACCAAUUAAAUAUUAGACUAUACGUUAUUGGGAUGAGAAUUACGAUAUAUCUCUUGGAGAAAACCGCGAAAACGAUCGUUUAUUAUUUUUUUUCUUUUUAUGUUCCUCUGUGGAAUUGCUAUCCUAGACAGGAGCUAGUGAUGGGAGCGUUAUCUUUACCGGGGAUCCAUUCGGGAUGAGAUUGUUACAGAAAAUUUGUCAAUGACAGGUCGACGUGUAACAUUCGUUGUACUUUGUUCGGUUGAUUUGGGUUCUCUUUUUUUAAUUUCCUACAAACGGCUUUACGAAGAAUGAAAUAAUUUUUUUUUACAAUAAUUUGUACCGGAAAUUUCCAACGAGUUUUAUGUAAUCUCCUAGUAGUUGCGAGUGUCGUGAAGCGACUCUAUCAGUGGAAUCCCACUAUAUAUAUAUAUAGACAUAUUAAUUCAAAAAAAUCUAAUAUUAUAUUUUAGCUAGGAUCUCGUGGGCAGCCCUACAGACUCUGUAGAACUGGCCCCGGGAAAGUGUAACAUACACUAAAAUGGCAUUCGGAUAGUACAAAGUCACGAUUACCGUACGUUUCCAAUUGAGUAGUCGAAAUUGUAUAUUUUUUUUAUAUAUCGAAUGAAGUAAUCCUAUAAGCGAAUACUGAAUGCCAUUUUGUUAGGAUUAAGGUAUAAUAAUGUUGCGUGUUUUAUCAUAGGAUGAGUGAAAAUACAGGAGAUGUGAGAAGCAUGUUGAAUGGAAAUAAAUUAUUAUGGGGCUUCUAAAGAGUAUUUUUUAAUACUUUGUUACUUAAAUAAUUCAUAUCUGUCCAAUUUUUCGGGAUUCCGCUUUUGAUUUUGUUUUUGACGCUGUAGACUCUUUUCCUCCAUUUUUUUUCCGUCUUAUCACAAUUGAGAUUUUAGUUGAAACGACUCGAAAAUAACGAGUUCAAUAUGUUGUUACUUUAAACGGUGAUUCAGCAAGUAUCAUUUUUUCAAAAUGUAGACACGAGUUCCAAAUCAAUAACUUUCUCGUGGGCUUGAAAUAUUUUCUCAAAAGAAAUACUCUUUUUUUUCAAUCAAGUAAAUCUCAACAGACAAUUAUGUGGAUUUUUAAAUCCGUUCGAAACUUAACGCAAUUUCUCGUCUACGAACAAACUAUUCGAUAUACAUGUAAAGUCUGUCAUCGACGUUUGAAAAAGUUAAAAAUCUUGAAAAAUAAUUUCGACUCUUGAAAAUUCAGCCGACGAGGAAGAGAAAUACGCUGCAAGUCGCGGUGAUUGAAAUGGCAGCGAAUCUUUUUAGGAGUCCCCUUUCUUUUUUUCUGAAGAACAAAGAAAGAUAUAUAUAUAUAUAUAUAUAUA